GCAUGAGCCACUGCACCCAGUCUAGGAGAAGCUUUUCUUUUACACGCUUUCGCUUUUUAGGACGGUAGGGGCCACGCCCGACGUGCAGUGAUGUGAAGGUGGCGUAAAGGUUACGCAAAGUGCCGUAAAGGUUACGCAAAGUGCCGUAAAGGUUACGCAAAAGUGACGCAAAAGCGGCGCACGCCAAGGCUGUUUGGAGCCUGACACUCAAACAUGGCAGCACCAUCUUCUCCGGGAAGGACGGCCAACCAGGCAGACCAGACGUGCACUUUCCUCCUCAAAAAGUCUGGACGUAAAGGGGCUGCAGGCCUCAGAAAGCGCCCGGCAUGCGACCCCGAACGGAGAGAUAGCAGCAGCAGCGGGGAUGAGAGUGACGUGGUGGCUAGGCCCCCGCGGGUGGCACCGAGGCCCCGGGGCCUCCAUGGCUGGCAGAAGGCGGCUCACUGCGACCUGAGGGGCGAGGAGGCAGCACCCGAGAGCCUCGGCGUGGUAUACAGGUCCACCCGCUCGGCGAAGCCGGUGGGGCCAGAGGACAUGGGGGCCACCGCUGACUUCGAGCAGGACACCGAGAAGGAGCGUGAUACACAGGCCAUCUUCAAGCGCAGCCAGCGGGUGCAGGAGGCACUGCGGGGCCGGGAGCAUGACCAGAUCUACCGGGGAAUCCACAACUACCCAAGGUACCUGAAGCCCAAGGACAUGUCCAUGGGCAACACCUCCUCAAGAAUGGCGAAGAAGGGCCCCAUCCGUGCGCCAGGGCACCUGCGCGCCACCGUGCGCUGGGAUUACCAGCCCGACAUCUGCAAGGACUACAAGGAGACCGGAUUCUGCGGCUUCGGGGACAGCUGCAAAUUCCUCCACGACCGUUCCGAUUACAAGCACGGGUGGCAAAUUGAACAGGAGCUGGAAGAGGGCCGCUACGGUAUCUGCGAGGACGAAAACCAUGAAGUGGGAAGCGAGGAAGAGGAAAUACCAUUCAAGUGUUUCAUAUGUCGCCAGGCCUUUCAAAACCCAGUGGUCACCAAGUGCAGGCAUUAUUUCUGCGAGAGCUGCGCGCUGGGGCAUUUCCGGGCCACCCCGCGCUGCUACGUCUGUGACCAGCCGACUGGUGGCAUCUUCAACCCGGCCAAAGAGCUGAUGGCGAAACUGCAGAAGCUUCGGGCUACAGAAAGUGGGGAAAAUUCCCAUUUCACAGAAGACCCCGAUGAGGGUAAAAUUCCCAUGGCUUAGGUUUCCCAUAAUUCUCACACUUAAAAAUACACUUUGUUGUUUUUUAGGA